CUCACUCUCUCAACUCACAAGCAAACCAUCCUCUUCAGUCCUCACUGCAACACACGAGCUUCUAGCUCUAGAUCGACUGAUCGGCAAUGGCGUCGACCAAGGCUCUCUUCCUGCUGGCUGUCCUCCUCGCGUCCGCGGUCCUCCUUGCCGCGGCGGCCACCGAGCAAACUCAUGACAAGGAGGAGAAGGUGAGCACCAACAGCGCCGGCGUCCAGGACGACUGGCAUGGCGGCGGCGGGUACCCAGGGCGCGGGGGCGGCGGCGGUUACCCUGGCCGCGGCGGCGGUGGCGGUUACCCGGGCCGCGGCGGCUACGGGCCCUGCGGCAGGUGGGGCUGCUGCCGCAGUGGCUACCGCGGUGGCUGUAUGCGUUGCUGCGGGUCUGCCAACGAGGUGCCGGAGCCCAUGGAUCGCCCGGAGGUGCACAACUAGCCGGAUCGA